AUGGAUCAUGAUCCACAGUCCACAGGUUGGAAUGCUCUCCUUGGGCGUCUUCGCUUUCGUCCUGUGGGGCGGCCUUUGCCAAAGUUGCGCGAGGAGUCUCGUGAAGGCAAAGAACUCCGGUUUCAGAUGAAGGGUUUGCUGUUGGUUUUCGCGUCUGUUUGUUGCAGCGCCACUGGUUCCAUCCUGGCGGAGCGGGUCUUCAAAGAGAGAUCCUGGGGAGACGCCAAGCAAGACCGGUUUUACAGCAUGAAAUUCCACCUAGACCUUACGGCCACCUUUGUGGCGGCGCUUCUUUGGGCAUUGCCACUGAAACGCGUGGUGGUCUUUCGAGAGUUCAUGCUUCGCUGGGAAAAGAGUGAG